CUUUUAGCUGAUGUCUGAAAGCAGCGUAUGCAGCUAUAUGUGUAUACCUUCUGUAUAUCAGAUAUGCUGCAGUCCUACUUCGUCACAGACUACGAUCCGACUAUAGAAGAUUCUUACACAAAGCAAUGUGUGAUAGACGAAAGACCAGCAAGACUGGAUAUUCUAGAUACAGCAGGCCAAGAAGAAUUUGGAGCCAUGCGAGAGCAAUACAUGAGGACAGGAGAGGGUUUCCUGCUUGUCUUCUCAGUCACAGAUAGAGGAAGUUUUGAAGAAAUCUAUAAAUUUCAAAGACAGAUUCUUAGAGUGAAAGACCGUGAUGAAUUCCCCAUGAUUCUAGUGGGUAACAAAGCAGACCUGGACCAUCAGAGACAGGUAACACAAGAAGAAGGACAGCAACUAGAACGGCAACUGAAAGUAACAUAUAUGGAAGCAUCAGCAAAAAUAAGAUUGAAUGUAGACCAAGCUUUUCAUGAACUUGUCAGGGUAAUAAGGAAGUUUCAAGAACAAGAAUGUCCUCCUUCCCCAGAGCCAACAAGGAAGGAGAAAGACAAAAAAGGGUGCCAUUGUGUCAUCUUCUAAGAAUGCUUUGAACCAAGCUUUCAACUGCCAGAUUAAUUCUCUUCACGUACCUUUCUGUGUGUCCUGGUGUUUCGUCUAGCCUUUUGUGUGCAUGUUGUAUAAGUAUGGUCACCGAAGUAGCCUUAGUCUAAAAGAACCAGACUGACCCAGGCUGAGAAGACAUCUUAAGUCACCUCAGGGCAGAUGUCAAAAGAAACACUAAGGCUUCUUUUAAUACUCCCAAUAUCUCUCUUCCCUCAUGUAAAGAAGCUUGCACCUUGUGGAGUUUUAUUCACAAUGGAGACAAAUCAAUCUUAGACAAGGUAUUGAAGUCAAGCUUACAACCUGCCAUUUGGGUAUUUUCCCUCCCCUCUCUUUUAUUUGCAACAUCUUCAUUAAUCACUCUGAAGAGGGGGCAGGGCCUCUAAUCAAAGUGUAGAAUAUUUUUUUAAAGAAGUGGGUUUGGAGGUUUUGCCCUUUGAUUAGGUUAGACUUCAAAAUUCAGCUUGCCUUACAGGAAGCCAAUACACUGAAUUUCAUUGUCAGUAGAGAUUUGUGUUUUAUCUCUUGUUUACGCUCCAGCUUCUUUCCACUGGUCAACAAUCUACUGUAUUUAUUUUAUGCCUCCAGUAACAGCUACAGGAUUAUUGCUCUUAACAACUGUGUGGCCAAGUACCUGGGCUCAAUCUGUAUUUGAGCAUUUUAGUUUUAGAAGAUUUUACAUCAUAGUCUGGAAUUUGGAAAAGUCUUCCUUCUGUUUUCCAGCAAAGGGAUUCAAGAAUACUUAGACUUGUAGCUGUUUUUGUUUUUCAUGUAAUAUAUAAAAAAAGAUGAAUUUGCUCUUUUCAUUGUCAAAUGAUUAAAUGGUUUUUGCUAUAUACUUUUAUACAUUAUUUUCUUAUCAAACUAGUUAACAAGUAUUUUUAUAUGUUUGUAAGCAAAUAUGCUUUCAUGGAAUAACUUGUGUAUAUGUAAAGAUGAGUAUUUAAUUCUCAUAGUACACUUUUAACUGACAAGAUUAAUGCAGGAUUUACAGAACUGUGGUAAAAAAAAAUCUCUGUUUGAUGUUCCAGUUGUAUUCAGAAGUGGCCAAUCAUGUGACUAUCCACUGUAUCUCUAUAAAGUUGUCAUUUUUUCCCAAAUUGCCUUUCACAUCCUUUACAAAUGAUGGAUCAUUAUGUGACUAUUAAACUGUACAAGCCUUUAAUUGAAUGUUCACUUCAAUUGUGGGUGAUGUCUGACUUUGAAUUAUGCAAAUUGUGGCUAAACAAUUCAGGAUCUUAUUCUGUGGCAUUAAAUACUGAAUGGUAUUGA